AUGCUUCCUUCGCAACCCGCAGCUCUAUCAACCCUGGGUCGGGCGGCCCUGCGCAGAACGCUUCUCUUGCGAGCUCCAUCACGACCGGCGUGCCCUGCACGGGCGCUCGCCUCCGUCCCGCGACCGCUGUUCCGAGGCAAAGCUGUUCUCUUUGCGCCAAAGCUGAGCCGAGAGACUUCUUCCAAGUCUCCCGCCUCGUCCAAACCGCAGUCCCCCGCGCAAGCAGACGAUGGAGCCCGAAUACGCGCAGGUUCUAGGAACCCCUCCGAGGUCACGAAAGCGUCGAAUCCCUUGUCGGACCCGACCCUGCACGAAGAUAUAUACACAUUGCCGAAUAUCCUCACUGUGUCCAGACUGGCGGCCGCGCCUUUUAUCGGAUACUUUGUCUUGCACGAUUCGCAUGCCUGGGCGGCCGGGCUGUUGGCGUAUGCGGGCGUGACCGACCUUCUCGACGGGUGGAUUGCGCGGCGAUGGAACCGCAAGACGGUUGUGGGAACAGUCAUUGACCCAAUGGCCGACAAGGUGCUCAUGACGGUGUUGACGGUGUGUCUCGCUGUCAAGGGAGCGCUGCCAGUUUGGGUGGCCAGCAUCAUUCUCGGCAGAGAUGUCGGGCUCGGCAUUGCGGCCAUUUACUUCCGCUGGAUAUCGCUGCCGCCUCCGAAAACCUUCACGCGGUACUGGGACUUUUCUCUGCCCUCUGCCGAGGUCCGGCCUACGACCAUUAGCAAGUACAAUACUUUUCUGCAGCUGGCCCUUGUUGGCGUGACUACUGCGGCCCCCCUCGUGCCUCUUGACUUGUCACAGCCUUUGACUAUCCUGCAAUACGUUGUAGCUAUAACGACGGUGUGGAGCGGUGCGAGCUACGUGUAUACAAAGGAUUCUGUCAAGAUUCUCAAUGCGUCUAAGAAGCACAAGUCUCAGCAAUGA